UUGUUUACUGUUUCAAAUCUUUAAAGGUAUUGAAGUGACUGAAGAUUGAAACAUAUAAUAUUAUUUAUCAUAUUAUUAUUAUGAUAUUAUAUACCUGCCGCGGUGAUAUAAAUUGCGCCUGACAACUGGAAUAUCCUAUCUGAAAUUCAUUCCGUGCAUUUUUAUUUUCCCUGGGGCCCAUUGGUCUAAAGGACAAUAUAUAUAUAUUUUUUUUUAUAUAUUAAUUAUACAAUAUGUAAAGUAUUAUUUUUUAUAAUAAGCACAAGACGUGAUAUUAAAUUUGAAAAAUAUACGGCAAAUAUUAAAUUCAUCAGCUAUGGAUAUCAUGUACUACACUUCUCCUAUAUAUGGUCGGGAAAUACAAAACAGUUUGGCAAACGAGCUGAAUAGGCUACAUUCAGAAUUUGUAGAACGGCACCCACACCAUGACUUCAAAGUGUCAAUAAUGGCACACUCUUUGGGUAGUGUAAUUUCAUAUGAUAUUAUAACCGGAUGGGAACCAUUUAUUAAACGGAGUGACAGUAGUCCAAGAAUACAUUUAAAUUUUGAGUUGGAGAAUUUCUUCUGCUUGGGUUCACCAUUGUCAGUGUUUUUGGCAUUACGUCAAAAUGAAAUAUUCAAAGAAAACUUAAACUUGUUCCCAAUGUGGUUGGCCAAAAAAGUAUAUAAUAUUUACCAUCCUACAGAUCCUGUUGCUUACAGGUUUGAACCAUUAGUUGCAAAAGAUUAUUGUCGCUAUAAACCUGUUGGUAUUCAGGCCUAUGGUAUCAAAUGUGAUUACUCUGAAGUUCCUUUAGAACUAAUUGGAAACAUAGAUACUAGCUUUGAAGAGACUAAUGGAACUGAAGCUAAAGCCCCAGAUGUAAAAAAAGAAAAUGAAACAUUCAGUCGUAGAAUAAGUACUUGGCUUAAUAUGUCAAGCAGCAAUGAUAGUAAAGCCAAUAGUUCAAAUCAGUUUGAAGUUAAUACCUGUCCACUAUCAAGAAAUAGUACUCCAGUUGAAAAUUUGAAUCACCGGUUAGAUUAUAUAUUGAGAGAUAGUAUCGGAGGAUCGGCCAGUAAUUAUUUGUCAAUGUUGUAUACACAUACGUCAUAUUGGUCAAACUACGACGUAGCAUAUUUCAUUUACACUAGGUUAUUCCCCGAACUAGAUAAGACAAUGGAAGAUUUUCUAAAACCUGAAGAGAAAAUCCCCAAUUUUGACUUACAAUUAGAACAAGAUCUUUAAAGGUAUUGAAGUGACUGAAGAUUUGAAACAUUCUACAAGCAAAUUAUGAAUUAAGCAAAUUUCUGAAGCAAAUUAUCAGUAACAUCUAAAAAAAUAUUGCCCAUGUCAUUUAAGUCUGCAACAUUUUUAUUUAUUUAUACUAAACAAUUCA